UGCUCUAAAGAUGGCGGAGUACGAUUUGACUACCAAAAUCGCGCAUUUUCUAGACCGGCAUCUUGUUUUUCCUUUGCUGGAAUUCCUCUCUGUUAAAGAGAUCUACAAUGAGAAGGAACUCCUACAUGGAAAGCUGGAUCUUCUCAGCGACACGAACAUGGUGGACUUUGCCAUGGAUGUGUACAAGAACCUGUACCCUGACAAGGAGAUCCCACACUCCCUGAGGGAGAAGAGGACGACGGUUGUGGCCCAGCUGAAGCAGCUGCAGUCCGAGACAGAGCCCAUUGUGAAAAUGUUCGAGGACCCAGAGACCACGAGGCAGAUGCAGUCCACCAGGGAUGGGAGAAUGCUCUUCGACUAUCUGGCCGAGAAACACAGCUUCCGGCAGGAGUACCUGGAUACCCUGUACAGAUAUGCCAAGUUCCAGUACGAGUGUGGGAACUACUCUGGAGCCGCAGAGUACCUCUACUUCUUCCGUGUUCUGGUUCCCUCCACAGACAGGAACGCUCUGAGCUCACUGUGGGGGAAGCUGGCCUCCGAGAUACUGAUGCAGAACUGGGAGGCUGCGAUGGAAGACCUCACCCGUCUGAGAGAGACUAUCGAUAACAACUCUGUCAGCUCCCCCCUCCAGUCUCUUCAGCAGAGGACCUGGCUCAUCCACUGGUCUCUCUUUGUCUUCUUCAACCACCCCAAAGGCAGAGACAACAUCAUCGAGCUCUUCUUGUACCAGCCGCAGUAUCUGAAUGCUAUUCAGACCAUGUGCCCCCACAUUCUGCGCUACCUGACCACUGCAGUCAUCACCAACAAGGAUGUGAGGAAGCGCAGGCAGGUCCUGAAGGAUCUGGUGAAGGUCAUCCAGCAGGAGUCGUACACGUAUAAGGACCCCAUCACGGAGUUUGUGGAGUGCCUGUACGUGAACUUUGACUUCGACAGUGCUCAGAAGAAGUUGAGGGAGUGUGAGUCGGUCCUUGUGAAUGACUUCUUCCUGGUGGCCUGUCUAGAGGACUUCAUCGAAAAUGCCCGUCUCUUCAUCUUCGAGACCUUCUGUCGAAUUCACCAGUGCAUCAGCAUCAGCAUGCUGGCAGACAAGCUCAACAUGACACCUGAGGAGGCUGAGAGAUGGAUCGUCAACCUCAUCCGCAACGCCCGGCUGGACGCCAAAAUAGACUCCAAACUGGGUCACGUGGUGAUGGGAAACAACGCCGUGUCGCCGUACCAGCAGGUGAUCGAGAAGACCAAGAGCCUGUCGUUCAGGAGCCAGAUGCUGGCCAUGAAUAUUGAGAAGAAGCUCAACCACAACAACCGCAACGAGACACCAAACUGGGCGACUCAAGAUUCCGGCUUUUAUUAAAUGAAUAAACAAAAAAAGAGUAAAGGAGGAAAAAAGAUCCAGUCAGUUCCCAUCCUAUAGAGCAUUCCCAUCCUGUUACAUCCUGCAGGUGUUUUCCAAAGGAGGGCCCUUUUGCAUUCGAUACAAGGUAUU